GAUACACACCCAUGACGCCUGUGUAGCCUCCUACGUUUGCUCUGAGUCUGGCCUGCCUAUCAACAUGUUGCGAGCCGAGUUGGCUGUACCUCCCUCGGCCUUGGCAAUCGGCCAUAACAAGCCAAUCUACUACUCCGGAUUCAUCCGAGUCCGAGGAAUAUGAGAUCCGCCUUUGCCGGCGGUAGAGCCGCAGCCGAGCGUGAGCUUCUCCCACGACGAUGGCACAUUCAUGUUCUCGGCAGAGCCGGCACAGUUCACGACCACUUUCCGAGCUCCAUGCUCGUUUCACUAGUUGCUGGUGAACUCAAGUCGUCUCCAGAAGAGCAUAGAGGCUCUCAUGCCUUCACAUAAAGGGGCAGGCAUAUUGCGCAAUCAUUCCCUGGAUACUUCUCGAAACUCGAUGUUCGUUCUCACAAGCCGAACGCACCGAAUACCGAACAGUGCGCAGCAGUCGCGAUAGCCAUUCUUCUCUGCGAUAUGGAGUCCACCCAGCUGCUUCGAGAAGUCCUCUGCAUGCUCGCGCAAUCGGGCUCUGCAAGUACAGCGUACAUUUCCCGCAAACACUGCGCACGGCACAGUCCGGACAAGAAAAUCCCAUGGUCCGCCUGACGUCUAAAAGAUUGCUAUACCGGCAACCCACUUUUCAC